AUGGCUGCCGUCACUCUUUCACAGACAGCCACGGCCUCGUGCCGUGCCACUUUCAGCUCAGUGAAGCUCGAGUCGAAGCUCAAGAGGUCCGUCAGCCUCGCCGUCCAGCCCGCCUUUGCCUGGAAGUCUGCUGGCGUCGCUUCGACUGCCUCGUUCAAGGGCGUCGGCUCGGUUGUCGUCCGAGCGGUCGCGGAGGAUGUGCAGGGUGGCGGAAACUACGGUGCUCCUCGCGAGAUUCCAGGCACCAAGAUCUAUGUCGGCAACUUGCCGUUCAACGUCGACAGCGAGUCGCUCGCUGAGAUCUUCCAGGAGGCUGGCGUCGUGGAGCUUGUCGAGGUUAUCUACGACAGGGACUCUGGUCGCAGCAGGGGUUUCGGUUUCGUCACGAUGAGCACCCCUGAGGAGGCUCAGUCUGCCAUCGAGAAGUUCGACGGCUCAGAACUCGGCGGCCGCAUGCUCAAGGUCAACAUGCCCGUUCCCCGCGGCGAGCGCGAGAGGGGUGCUCGCAACGAGAGGCCACGUGGCGACAGGCCCCGUUUUGGCGGUAACCAGGGCAACAAGCUUUACGUCGGCAACCUGUCGUGGGGCAUGGACGACAUGGCUCUGGAGGAUCUGUUCGCUGAGUUCGGCAAGGUGCUCGAGGCCAAGGUCGUCCUGGAUCGCGACUCCGGCAGGUCCCGAGGGUUCGGCUUCGUGACCCUGUCGAGCGACGCGGAGGUGCAGGAGGCGAUCUCGAACCUUGAUGGAGCUGAUGUUGAUGGCAGACAACUGCGGGUCAAUGUCGCUGCUCCCAAGGUUUGA